AUGACAUCAGACAUAAAAAGAGCAAGGGAGAUUUCUCAUCAGACGCUAUUUACACUGAAGCUAGUCAUGUCCUGUACACACUGUGAUCCCGGCGUAGGCGUGGACGCGUUCUUCCACGCCCUGUACACGCAGAACUCGACUCGCACCGUCAUGCUGCUGGGCUCCGCCUGCUCUGACGUCACCGAGAGCCUCGCCAAGGUCGUGCCCUACUGGAACAUCGUCCAGGUGUCGUUCGGGUCGACGUCUCCGGCGCUGAGCGACCGCAAGGAGUUUCCGCUCUUCUACCGCACCGUGGCGCCGGACUCUUCGCACAACCCGGCCCGGCUGGCGUUCGUGCGCGGCUUCGGCUGGGACACCGUGGCCGCGCUCAGCCAGAACGAGGACGUCUACUCACUGGCGGUGAACGACCUCGUGACGGAGCUGGAACAGGCCAACAUCACAUGCAGCGCCACCAUCACCUUCGCCGAGUCCGACUUCGAGGACCAGAUGCGCAUGCUGCGGGAUCUUGACACCAGGAUCAUCAUCGGCAGUUUCUCGCAGCAGGUGGCUCCGAAGAUUUUUUGUGAGGCCUACCAGCUGGGCAUGUUCGGCGGCGACUACGCGUGGAUCCUGCAGGGCGGGCCCGACAGCCGCUGGUGGCGCAACGCGUCGGCCCCCUGCCCGCCCACGCAGCUGGCCGCCGCCGUCGAGGGCCUGCUGCUCGUCUCCUCGCACAACCGCCUCGUCGGCAGCGCGCCCGCCAUCUCGGGCAUGACGAACGCGCACUUCGUGGAGGAGUUCUCUCGGCGCGCGCUGCCCGUGUCGCCGUACGCGCCGCAGACGUACGACGCGGUGUGGGCCAUCGCCCUGACGCUGCGCGCCGCGCACCGCCGCUGGGCUGGCGCCACCACCGUGCGCCACUUCGACUACUCGCGCCGCGACAUGGCCCAGGAGUUCCUGCGCCAGAUGGGCCUCCUCAGCUUCCUCGGAGUCUCGGGUCCAGUGUCUUUCAGUGGCGCCGACCGCGUCGGCAUCUCAGCGUUCUACCAGGUACAAGGUGGCGAGGUGGUGACGGUGGCGCUGUUCGACCCCGCGACGGGCGCGCUCGACUUCGGCUGCCCCGGGUGCGGCGCGCUGGCGUGGCAGGGCGGCCAGGUGCCCGUGGCGCGGCGCGAGUUCCGGCUGCGCGUCGUCACCAUCGAGCCGGCCGCCUUCCUCAGCGUCGCCUGCCUCGCCGUCGUCGGCAUCUCGCUCGCCGUCGCCUUCCUCGCCUUCAACCUGCACUUCCGCAAACUCAAGUACAUCAAGCUGUCGAGCCCGCGCCUCAACAACAUGGCGGUGGUGGGCUGCAUCCUGGUGUACACGGCCGUCAUCCUGCUGGGCCUGGACCACGCCACGCUGCCCGCCAGCACGCACUUCCCCGCCGUCUGCACGGCACGGGUUUACCUGCUGUCAGCUGGAUUCUCCUUGGCUUUCGGCUCCAUGUUCACGAAGACGUAUCGCGUGCACAGGAUCUUCACCAGAAGUCGCAGCGGAGUCGUAAAGAAUAAGCUGCUGCAGGACACGCAGCUAAUAUCGCUGAUCUGUGUGCUGCUGCUGAUCGACGGUCUGAUCGUGACGCUGUGGGUGAUCGUGGACCCCAUCCAGCGCCACCUGCGCAACCUCACGCUCGAGAUCAGCGCGUCCGACCGCAGCGUCGUGUACCAGCCACAGGUGGAGGUGUGCCGGUCGCAGUACACGCACUCGUGGCUGGGCGCGCUGUACGCCUACAAGGGCCUGCUGCUCGUCGUGGGGGUCUACAUGGCCUGGGAGACGCGGCACGUGAAGAUCCCGGCGCUGAACGACUCGCAGUACAUCGGCAUGAGCGUGUACAGCGUGGUGAUCACCAGCGGCAUCGUGGUCGUGCUGGCCAACCUCAUCUCGGAGCGCGCGACGCUCGCCUUCGUCACCAUCACCGCGCUGAUCCUGACGUCGACCACGGCUACGCUGUGCCUGCUCUUCCUUCCCAAGAUGCUGGCCAUCCUGGGUCGCGCCGCGCACGCCGACCCCAUCGUCGAGAGCAUGGGCCUCAAGAUAGAGUGCAACACCCGCAGGUUCGUGACGGACGACCGGCGGGAACUGUACUACCGCGUGGAGGUGCAGAACCGGGUGUACCGGCGGGAGAUGGCCGCGCUCGACCUGGAGAUCGGCCGCCUCAAGCGGCAGCUGUUCGACUCCCCGGCGGCCUCCUCUGCCGGCUCCACCUCCUCCGUGGGCACCAAGCGGGGCGAGCUGUCACCGCUGGAGGCGACGGCACUGGCGCGGUUGAGCAUCGACGAGGCGAUGCCCAACCCGGCGGCCGGCGUGGGCGGCGGGCUGCCGCUGCUGCUGCUGUCGGUGCUGCCGCCGGUGAUCCCGCGCGCCAGCUGGCCCUCGGCCGACCGCGGCCAGCUGCCCAUGCGCCGCCAGGUCACCUUCAGCUCCGAGCCUAAGCUGGACGACAACGUCGCCUCCGCCGUCUGCUCCCAGCCCGCGCCCUCCGCCCACGGCGACUACGACGACGUCGCCAGCUUCGAUCACGACGGUGACGUCGACCCGGAUGUGGAGGGACUGCACGGCGCCAAUCGGAAGCAGGGAGUCUUUGGCCGCAUCUGGAGCUUCUUGGGGAGCAGUCGCCCUUCCAGUCGUAAGGCGUCGGCGACGUCGUUCAGCGGCGGCGGCGGCGGCGCUGGGAUCGCGUCUGCGCUGCGGCUCCACAUGGGCUACUUGUCCGGCCUGGUGGCGGGGGCCGGACCCGGGGGCCACCAUGGAGGCUCCGGCGCGUCCACACUCAGCCACAGCCAGUGCGCGCUCGGAACAGCGAUGGUGCCGGCGUCAUCGCGCGAGCUGCACCCCCUGAAGAAGCUGAGCAGCGCCGGCAUAGCCACGGGCGGCAGCGGGCCCAUCAUCAGCGUCACCUCCAACGACGACGCCGACGCCGACGCCGACGCCGACGCAGGUCGCCGCAAGUUCUCGCUCGGCAUGUGUCUCUCCAGGGACCUGGACGGCGGCCCCGUAGGCAGCCCGUGCGUGCUGUCCAAGGAGGCGCUGCGGCGCGCAAGCGCGGGGGCGUCGCCGCGUCCGCGCGCCGGCAUCCACCACCAGCACUCGCAGCCCAAUCUGCCGUUCCGCGAGCGCGCCAAGGGGUCGCCGCGCUUCCCGCACCGCGUCGUGCCCACCUGCAGCCUGACGGCGCUCGACAGCCGGCGCAAGAGCAGCGCCAGCUUCGCGCAGCUGCUGCAGCAGCAGUACCAGCUGCAGGUGCAGCGCCGCCGCAGCAGCCACCACCACCACCUGCACGUGCGGCACGGCCACCAGCGCGCCGACCUGCUCGACAAGUGCCGCUCGCUCGAGGACGCCCGCUCCUUCCACUGCGGGUCGGCCGCUGCGCACGCUGCAGUCCACCAGGUGUCUGGGUCCAACUGGAAACCCCGUGCUGCCAGUUACAGCCCCAACUGUGACGUUUGGGGGACGGCGGAGUUCGGCAUCCCUUUGAGUGAACUGGCCAACAGCAACCGCGGGCGAGACCGCGACAGCGCUCCCAACGUCAAGGACUAGAAAUAGCGCCACCUGAAGAGGUGCAGCUGCUACGAACCACCUGCGUCUGCCACGUCUGGUCGCUCGACUCCAUCUGUCUAACGAGGUUCUUGGUUACCACGUCUUAUAAUCGAAGUACUUCUACUUGUCCAACUCUGAGGCCACUGUGGUCGCAGCAGCCCGUCGUCGUCCCAGCGGCCACACUCUGGCUGCACAGGAGAAAUGCAGUUUGAUGCUCCUGUGAAGCUACAGUCCUCAUCCACGAUCCGUUGUUAGUGGCUGAUUUGAUCAAAAAGUGUCAUGAGCACGUCUAGAACCCAAAUAAAUGUUUCUCGUAUGUCUCUUGAAACUGCCCUAAUUAUCUUCUCAUCUCAAUUCCUGUCACAGCUGCUACAACAGCAUACUUAGAUUACGAGCUUAGAGUAUUUAUUCAUCAUCAAAUUAACGGAACGUAGCUACAGAUAUAUUGAGUCAAUACGACCAGGUGGAGAUCAUCUGUCAAACAACUGGGCUCUGUCGGAAAAACGUCCAACACUUCACGUAAUGCGGCAUGUCACUGGACAAUCUCAGUUCGAGGAUCACAUCCUACAUAAUAAUAAACUCCUGGAAGGAGAUUGAGAGAGGAAUUGUUGGAUGAAACAAGCAAAACCCAAGAAGAACACUAGUCAUGCAACCAAGUUUUCUCAGCUAGAAUAAUGUUAACAGAUCUCAUCGGCGUCGAAAGCUACAUCCUGAAAUUUUUAAUUCAAAUUUCCACUUGUAGUCUCCCUCUCCAGUCGUCUUCCGCGUAACAUCAUGUGUUGUGGAUUUUAUUCAUAACGUCUUAUUGCGUUUCACACUCUACUAAACUCACGUGUGAUGCUUAUAUUUUUAUUUCUUUGAAAGAGAAAGUGAAGCUUCAUCCUCCACACGGACCAUUUUCCACUUAACCAUUCUAUAUUUCUGCCUGCGGAGCGAAAAUACGUAAAGGAAGUCAAGGGGCAUAGUGUAAUUCCAAGAAGUCGGAAAUUCUUGGUUUGCCGCUGGUGUCAUUGCUUCUCCCCUAACACCUUAAAGUUCAACACAACGGUUGUAAUUUGCUAAUUAACUGUAUACAUAUUGUGCUAUGCUACGCUACUUGCACGCUCUGGUUAAAGAGUAAAUUCGUACCAACACAAAAUUGUGCGUACAUAAUUGCAAUGACGCUUUCAACCGUAUCAAACGCAAGCGUUGCGCUACAUUUGGCCAAUAACUGCUUUCGGAAAAUCUUCUGAAGGAUUCCCACACCAGCAAAUGACUUUUCCUGUGCUGACUGACCGAAAACCAGUUACCAUGACAGAAGGUGAGAAUAGAAGUGAAGCAGAGGAAAUAAUUUGAUUUGGAAAUGAAGUUAACUUAAAUUUCAUUCACUCUAAAUGCACAACUGGACUAUGACUCGUUACAAUGGUAGAUAAGAUUAUUACUAUGAACCCUGUAAGUUUUCACAGCAUCCUUUCUUACUUUGCAUGUUCUUACAAUAAUAUCCUGUAGCACUGACACGCGCUAGUUUAUGUUGCGUGGGCGAACAUAGCAGUAGGUUUAUAACUGUACGUUCUCAAUGAUUGCGUCCCGGAGAACGAUACGUGUUUCUUUCUCACUCAGUACUAGUAAUAGCUCAUGGACAUUAUAAACAUCACAAAACUUAAAAUUAGCAAAAUAAGUACUGCUUUUCUGGAGCAACUAAAACAAAGAAAAUUGACUCUUCCUUGUUAUGUAAUAUGUCAGACCGAUUAUUGAAACACUAUUUCAUGCAGAGUAGUACAUCUGUAUAAAACUAGAGACAUUUUAAUUAUUUGUUUUUGUUAUGUCAUACAGUCAGUGUCUUCUACAGACGCGUGAGCGGUAUGGUCUUCCUGAAUAUCCAGUCAGUAAAGCAAUCUAUUCUGUUUAAACAUCAUUACAAUACAGUAAACAAAACAGAAACUUUGUGCUAGCGGGCAAGUAAACUUUGUCGAAGUGUCAUCGCAGGAAUGAUAAAGGUAAAUCUUCACAUAGAGAAAAUUCACAUGUUACGAUGGUGUUACAAGAAUCGUCCUUAAUAACCAUGGAACUCUGAAGACGCCAAUGUAUUUCCAAUAUAACGUCAUUUAACGAGACAAUUACUGAAAUUACUCUGUAAUAAAUAGUUUAUAAUUAGUCUGUCUAUAACAAAAGAAAAUUGGAUUAUAACAUAUGAAUUUGUUGUGCAAAUUCAUUGACAAAAUGUCGUUCAAAAGUUAGAUGGAAGAAAGGAGACAAACAAGAAGUCCUACCACAUUAAUUUUAUUCGUUUAUCAUCUGGAAGAAGAUGUUUUGGAUUUAUAAAAUUUCUUCUAACCAACAUAUUGUUUUUGGCGAUAUUUUUUUGCGUAAAACUGAAAAAAAUGAAACAGUUUUUCUUUAAGGGAUGCUAUUUAAUUAUAUAUUUAUUGUGAGCCUUUACUUUACAUUUUAAUCAAAUUAAAGAUAAAUUUUUGUUUUGUUAUCAAUAAUCUGAGCCUAUUAAUUCUUUCGUAGGAAUAUAUCUUUCCACCUUAGAGAACAUUUAGCAUGAAAUCUGUGUUCGUACAUCCUUGUAGCAACUUUUGGAUGAUUCUUUCAAGCCAUUAUUACACCACGCAUAUCUUUCAAUAAAGUUAUAUUUUGUGACAGUGACAUUCAUGAUAUCAUGCGUAAAUGAUAUUUUGUAUACUAAUGUAUAUCUUUCGUUGUGCGAAAGUAAAUGAACGAUGGUUAUGGUAGAAAUAUAUUUUAAGUUUAAAAAUAUCUGAUGUCACCCACAAGAAAAUUUCUUCCACGGUUUCUACAACUUUAUUUUGUAAAAUGUUUCUCGGUGAGAUAGUUCUUAAGCGAUCCAUGCUCAUAAUACCGGUACUCUUAAUGAAAAUUAGUAAGUCUCAUGACGAAUGUUUUCUCUAAGCCGCAUCCAAUGAAAUACUUGAUCUAUUUUCGGAGAUAUUUUACAUGUGUUGUAGUGAAAUAAUGGCUUAUCCUUCUACAUUCAAAGUCCUUGUUGUUUAGAUCUGUAUAAAACGUUAGAACUAACUUUAAUUUUAAUCCCUCGCCGAAGGUAAUAAUGUGUCAAAAGACUCUACAUGUAACUCGAAGAUGAGCAAUAAACUUUCAAUUUUCAUUGUGCAAUUAAUGUAUAAACUGAAAGGCAAUCAUAUUUCAUGUGAUCUAUAUGAAUGUUAAACGCUUCUUCUCUCUUGGCACUAUUGUUUCUGUAGACCUAAGUGAACUGAUGUCAAUAUAUUUUCCACUUUAUAACAUGUGGGAAGCAUUUCUCUCAAGUGCCAAGCAGUAAAAAUAUUACUAUUUUUUGUUCUGUAGAACGUAACUAAGUCUAUUGCUGUUGAUUGAUGAAUAGAUUAU